UCUUCUUUCUUGCUUGCUUGUGAAUUUUUUAAUCUCUAUGAAUACCAGCAUUUUUAUUCUGCUUUCUUAUUUAUUUAUUUAUUUGUUUAUUUAUUUAUGUUCUUCCUUUCGUUUUUUUUUUUCUAGUUAUUUUUCUAGUUAGGAAUACCAGUAUAUUUUCCUGCUGUCCUACUUUUUUUUUAAAUCCCCUUCUUUCUUUAAUUCUUCCUUCCUUCCUUUCUCUUGUUAGUUAUUUAAUCUCUCAGAAUACUAUUAUUUUUUGUUCUGCUUUCCUACUUUUAAAAAAGCUCCUUCUUACUUUCUUGCGUGUAUUUCCCUACUUUUAUGUUGUUAUAUCUGUUCUCUUUGUCUCUCUCUCUCUCUCUCUCUCUCUUACUCUCAAGCUCUCACUCUCUCUCUGUCUCUCUCUCUCAAAAUCUCUCUCUGUCUCUCUCGCUCUCAAUCUCUCUCUGUUACUUUCUCAAAUCUCUCUCUCUCUCUCUCUCGCUGAAUGGAAGGAUUUUUAUUUUGCUUUCCUACUGUUAAAUAUUUGGCUUGUUUUUUCUUCCACUGCGCUCUCAUUACACUCCCAGGCCAGCAGAUGGCGGUAUAAACCUGAUUAUGUCACUCAGUCCUCCUUGUAAAAGCGGAAGAAGAAGAGAAGUUACGAAACCUGAAAGUAAACAGUGACGCGUUAGAGAAUAUUAAUGUUAACGUAACUCAGUUUACACUAAAUAACAGGGAGAAUUAAUAUUCAGUGCUGUUUGUGUGCAGAUAUACAGCGUGUUAACAGCAAACUAAUUACAUUUUAAUCGAAAUUCGGAGGAAAAUCAGUCAGGUUUGGUGUACAAACUGAAAAAAUACGCAUUUUUAUCGUCGGUUUUGAAAAAAAUUGUAUUUAUUAAUUUAUUUUUAGCGGGUUUUUUUUUUGUUUAAAUCAAGCUCAAUCAUGGAGUAUAACAUCGGGCGGAUUUUAGUUCUUCUUGUCUCUCUGGUGGUUUACAUCGUUGCUUUGGCCAUCAACGCCUUGGCUGGAUCGGGAAGAGGACCGUUUUUGCACAGGACAGGAAACGUGUCCGCUCUGUAUGACACAGAAAUCACCCCCGCGGGUUGGACUUUCUCCAUAUGGGGAAUCAUCUACACAUGGCUUCUGCUGAUGAACGUGUAUCUCUUGAGCUGGGUCUGCAGACGGACUGCCACCGGAUGGAUGUAUUGCAGUCCUGCUUUUCUUCCUUACGGCUUUUAUCUCUCCUGGACGAUUAACAUGCUCCUGAACAUCACCUGGCUGCUGCUAUGGGACCGAGAGUUGAUGAUUUCAGCACUAGUAUGUUUAGCUCUGAUUGCGUUCACCAGUUACCUCCUGAUCUUCUUCUCCUGUGUCGGUCUGCGAGCUCACGGAGCCUGGCUCAAACAGAACCAUCCCACCGAUCUCCUCUGCAUCUAUGUCCUGGUUCAGAACGGUAUUGCCACUUACGCAACAUGGACGAACGUAGCUACGCUCCUCAACUUGACCGUGGUGUUGGAUAUGACAUCCAUGUCCCCGACGAAUGCGGCCACUGUUUCUCUGUGCAUUCUGCUUUUAGAAGUGGUCGUAUGGUUUGCUGUUGAGAACUUUGUGAUCGAGAAGCACGUGCGCUACAUUCUGACCGUCUACCCCGUCGUCAUCUUCGCGCUCAGUGGAAGCCUGAGCAAACACUACGAUGCAGCAGCCCCAGGCAGAAACGCCGUGUUUUCAGCUGUUCUCUUGGCGCUGGCCUGCGUUUUCUUCACGAUCAGACUUUUUCUGGUGAUUUGGAGGCACCGUACUCGUCCUCUCUUCCAAGAUGGGAAUGCCGAAGGCCUAAUGAAUCCUGACCCCACCCCAGAAGAGUAGCAGCGUGGCUUUAAAUUCAGCGGAUGAAACGCCAAAGCCUUUCAAUUCAUUCCGUUCCAAUGUAAAGAAGCGCAGCCUUUAACACUAAUACUUAAUACGCUACGAUGUAUUCGUCAUGCGCGGUAUCCGUAUAAACCUGCAACGCCUUUGAUACGUGGCCAAAACGUACAUUCAUACAGUGCCAUGAGAAAAAAGUUUGCUUAGACUGAUUUGGGGCAUUUUUUGUCAUUUGGUUAGUCGUUGCGAUGAGUAGAAGAGUAACGAAGAGGCCGUGUUUAUAGAGUCGGAUAAUUAAAUGUGAAAUCCAGUAAGCUAAACUAGCGAGUCUAUUCGUGCGAUUAGUAUCAUCACGUGGAUCCACAUCCAUUUUUAUUCACUUGGCAGGACACGCGCGUGUCCAAUCCAAAACUCUAAAUACAGAGCAUGAGGUCUUUGAUUAAGGGUCCGACAAUGGCUCUCUGGCAGUGAGAGGAUUCUCAGUAACCGUAGAAACACGUACAUCGUUCUCUGAGGCCGAACUUUCGCUACUUUUUCUACACUGUUACAUGGGAUCAUGACUGCACUGAUACCAGCUCACCAUAUUAACUCUAAUCUCCUGAUUAUAUCUGAUUAUAAAUCUAAUCUCUUCAGUAUUAAACUGUGUAUUUGUUUACAGCGACUUAAAUAAGGAAUAAAACAUUUCUCGUACGGGGAGAAAUUUCAAGUUACGGCUUUACAGUUAUAAAGCGCCGACGCUGGAGACUCAUUCCAUAAACGUUAAGUAAAUGUCUCCUUAUAGAAAUCUUCACGUUAUCAACAGUUACACGUUUUUUAAAAUUGAUUUAUCGUUUAUUACGGUAGAAAUGAAAACGUAUUAGAACGUGUUAGAAAAUCAUUCAAAUUAAUCAGCGCUAUCUGAGCGAUCAGAUCUGAGAGUUAUCUGAAAGAGUACUUUGAGAUGAACUUUUGAGGGUUAUUGUUUGUUUUUUUUUGUAAUAACAAUACUCACAUUAAUAACGUGUGUUUGGAUGCUUUCAUUUAUAUUUGUGAUCUUGCUUGAAUAAUAUUACUUUAUAAACGUUGAAUAAAAAAUGAAUACAAACUCUCCGAUGUAUUAUUUUACUCUUAUAUAGAGUAUAUAUCAGAUAUAUCAGAAUUUUUGGCACUUUCAGUCUUCAUAUCUAUCUGUAGGUGUGUGUUUAUCCACUUUCAUGGACUUCAUUUAGAAAAUGGUGGUUUUCCAUUUGCAUCGCAGGUGGAAAACUAAUCUAGCUUGCGACGCUUGCUUCACUUUUCCCGGUUGGUAGGCGUUAGCUUUGAUGGAAUUGGGUUGAAAUUGUAAAACUUAAGGUAUUCAAACAAAAAAUAUAUAUAUAUAUCACUGAGCUAGCUUCUAAUAGCAAUUUUCUUUGGUCAGAGAUGACCUUGAAUAAUUUCCUGGAUACCUGUAAUCAGAAAAUCGAUGCUAACACGAUAUCUCCAUGUUUUCACUGAUCACCGCUCUUAUUCUUGAGCGUUUCCUCAAGCUUCUGGAAUGUGUGUGCGCCCACACUGGACACGAAGCUGCCUCUGCUCUGUGUGUUUAGCCGUUUUUCUCUUUUGUUAACCGAAAACAGGUCUAAUCUCCUGCCGACUGAUGUGUUUGCUGAAGUAUCUGAAGGGUGUUUUUUUUUUUUUUAAUGCUGACAUGAUUUAUUAUAACUGAUCACGCUAACGGUCUGUACUCCUCAAAGAUAAGGGGCUUGUCACUGCUUCCACAGACGAGAGGAAAACGAAGUGUUUCCCGAUUUCCCAGAUGACGGAAAAUUGUGAAAAACAGAAAGCGGAUGACUAACGUUAGCCUGCGUGAUGGAUAUUUUUUUUGAUUGCAGGUCAAUUCUAGAUCCCUCAUUAAAGUUUCAUUUUCCAGAUGUGAUAAGAAAAACAGAAAGCACUCAGGAACACAUAUGGCUUCAUUUAUAUCAUGCAUUAAUAUCUGAUCUCUGGCUGGAUAUUAGCCUAAUAUUUGGAUAAGGAACAAUCUGAUCUCAACUCGUGCGUUUAUGGUUGAGUGGAAAAGUUUGCACGCACUUAGGAUGAACUUAGGAAUACAAUAAUAAAAUGUGUAGCGUUUCACAAUUCUUACUUAUACAACGCAACGAAAGUUAAAAAGCAAACAUAAGUUAACGCAGUGUAAUCAAGCCCUAACAAACAGAACGCUCCUGACCCUUAAGGACAAGCGUCGGCACGGAAAAAGCCUGAUAUUUCUGGUGUUAUUGCACGAUUUUUUAUUAAACCUCAGGACUUGAUGAGAUUCUCUGUAUAAGUUAAUGUACGUAAUUGGAUUUAAUUGUAAUCUUAAUGGGUCGAUUCAAGACACAAGAGCAGAGCUAAGUUGUUUAAGUUGAAAAUAAUGCAUUGGCCCAUUAAGACGAUCAGUUCAUGAUGUCUCUUUUCAUGUCUCAAGGUUUAACAAAAUGUCCUGCAUUAACACUUGAGAUAUCUGGCUUUUCCAUGCCGAUACUGCCCCUAGUGGUCGGGCGCAUUUCC